AUGACUGAACGCCCAUCGGGACUGGGCAGGACCCCAACCGCACCUCCUAUCAUGGCAAAUGGCCAUUUUGCCACGAUCGGUAACAAUGCGGAUGCUGCCGCCGCCUAUGAGCAUGGCGUGCAGGUCAUCGAUGGAGAUAAGGAGUUCAAUCCGAACCUAGCCAAGUACCUAUCCCUUGAAGAUGUCACCCCGGCCGGUUUCAAUUACCACCUCAUCUCCGUGUUUGGAUCGCAGUCCACCGGCAAGUCCACCCUGCUGAACCACCUCUUCGGCACCCAGUUCUCCGUAAUGUCAGAGCUGGAGCGCAGACAGACGACCAAGGGUAUCUGGCUGUCGAAGAAUAAAAAGCAGGGGGAAAGUGCCACCGCCGACGGAUCGCGCAUGGCAGACAAUAUUCUGGUGAUGGAUGUUGAAGGUACCGAUGGUCGCGAACGAGGAGAGGACCAGGAUUUUGAGCGCAAGAGUGCUCUUUUUGCGCUUGCGACAAGUGAGGUCCUUAUUGUCAACAUCUGGGAGCAUCAGGUGGGUCUGUACCAGGGAGCCAACAUGGGUCUCCUGAAGACCGUAUUUGAGGUCAACCUGCAACUAUUCCUGAAGGACAAGAAUACUACGCACCGAUCCCUCCUUUUCUUUGUUAUCCGUGACUUCAUCGGCACAACCCCACUAAAGAACCUCCAAAAAACAUUAUUGGAAGAUCUAUCCCGCCUUUGGGACACAAUUUCCAAGCCAGCUGGCUUGGAAAAGUCAACGAUUCAUGAUUAUUUCGAUUUCCAGUUCUAUGGACUGCCGCAUAAGGGUUACCAGCCCGAUCAGUUCGUGGCGGAGGGCAAGAAGCUUGCCUUACGGUUCCGCGAGGGCUUCCGUGACCCCAAGAGAGAUGCGCUCAAGGGCGAAUUCUCGGAAGGAGGCGUCUUCUUGCCAGAAUAUCACCGGCGCAUUCCGGCGGAUGGAUUUUCGCACUACGCCGAGGGCAUCUGGGACCAGAUUGUCAACAACAAAGACUUGGACCUUCCCACACAACAAGAACUACUGGCUCAGUUCCGCUGCGAUGAAAUUCUGCGUGAAGUGAUGAUUGGUUUCGAUGAGGCCAUCACCGCCUUCGAGGAAAAGCAAGCUGAAGCUGUUCGUUUGGGAGCCCCGGAGGUGCUCGGGGGGCUGGGUGUAGCCAUGCGUGCCGCCCGCUCUAAGACUAUCAAGGGCUUCGAAACUGAGGCCAGUCGAUACCACAAGGGUGUUUAUCAGCGCAAGAAGGCUGAAUUGGAGGGCAAGGUUGAUACUCGGCUGAAAGCUCUUUUCCAUGGCCAACUCUCAGCAGCGCAUAAAUCCGGCAUUCGCGAUUUCAGUGAUACAGUAACCGAGACCGUCAAGUCUGGCCAGAAGAAGGGUGGCAACUACGAUUUUGCUGAGAUUGUGAACAAGGAAACCAAGAUUUCGUUGGAGAAGUUCCAAGAGGUAGCAAAGUCCACUGUGGUGGAAGGCACACCUUGGAGCAAUUAUAAACAAGAGUUGAAGCUGUACGAAAAGGAACUGUCUGAGGCUAGUGCUCGCCUGCGAAGAGAUGAGAUGAGACGCCUCGCAAGCCGUGUUGAGCGUUGGGUGCAGUCUCGUCUGGGUGAAUCUGUCGGGCUUGAAUUUAACAACCUUGGCUCCGGUCGUGCCGGCAGUGGCGCCCCAGAGGAUGGCGAAAAACCCACUGAGAAGGCAUUUUGGGAUCGGGUCUGGAAUGUUUUCGUCGAAACUGUUCUUGACGCGGAACGGAGAUUCACCAACCGGGCUAGCAGUUUUGAUGCCAGCCUUGAGGAGGUUGAUGUUGGACUUUGGCGCCUGCGUCGUAAAUCAUGGGGCGUUUUGCGUGCUAAGAUUGACGAGGAAAUGACUGAAGGCAACUUGCUCCUGAAGCUGCGUGAGAACUUUGAGGACAAGUUCCGAUAUGAUGAUGAUGGUGUCCCGCGCAUCUGGCGCCCGACAGAUGACAUUGAGGGCAUCUACACUCGUGCCCGCGAGUCUACCUUAACGUUGAUUCCUCUGCUUUCUCGAUUCCGUCUUGUCGAGACAUCGGCCCCGCCACCACUCGACCGGUGGAUUGGGCAUACCCCCACUUCGGCCACAGCUGCUGACGAAGAAGACUUGCCUCCUAUCGGCGGAGUUGAUGAAGAUGAGGGCAAGAGCCUAGAAGAGGAGAUGACAAUUCUUGGUGAUGCGAAAAGGCAGGAGCUCACCGUGCGCUUCAAGAAAACAGCCGAUGGCGUAUACGUCGAGGCUAAGCGGAGUGCCAUUGGUGGAAUUACCCAAGUACCGCUCUACUUCUAUGGCCUGCUGAUUGCCUUGGGAUGGAACGAGAUCGUUGCGGUUCUCCGCAACCCGGCCUACUUCUUCCUGCUGUUUGUGUGUGCCGUGGGCGCUUACAUCACCUACCAGCUUAACCUGUGGGGACCUAUCUUGAAGAUGACAGAGGCAGCUUCGCAGCAGGCCCUCGUGGAGGGUAAGCGCCGCCUGCGCGAUUUCCUCGAGUCCUCCGAUACUGGUCGACAGGCUAUGGCGAUGUCAGCUGAGCGGACAGGCUCCUCGAGCCGUACGGAAGAGUAUGAGAUGUCCGACAUUAAAAAGUCCAGCUCCAAGGACAAUGAUGACUUGGAUGACUUGUAA